AUGACGGAGGAGCAAUCGUCGUACGUGCCGUUCAAGAACCGGCAGGUAUUAAAUUCAUGCGAACUCGCGAGCCAAGACGUGGCAUUCGAUCUGGAGAAAUAUGGCCCCUAUAUCGACAAGAUUCGAGCUCUCUUCGUGCCCAGCUUGGAAUACAGAAUCCGUUCAUUGCUGGAGGAGUUCGUAUACAGCACAGACUCGCGGUCGGCCGGGCGGUUUCCACGUUUCAAGAGACUCGUUGACGUGAUGGCUACAUGGAAGGGUCCUCUGAAUAAAAUCGCCGAAUACGACGUCGGUACGAUGGAGGAAGCAAUCGGGAGUAUUGUAAAUUGCGCUUUGAAAGACGACCUGAUCACCUGCUUCCUGGACUCCAUCGUUCUACAUCAUAGAUUAAAUAAGAUCUGUCGCGAGCUGGACGCGUUAGGACUCGAGGACAAUAUCUUGAGAAGCUGGAGCGUGUGGAACUUUGUCAACAAGAGGGAUUACCGGGCAAAUCGUUUCACGCAUCCCGACGCUGCGGCGAAUUGCAGCACGAAUCCAAGCGUGACGACGCGCCACGACGCGGAAAGGCCGGCCGGGCGUGAAAAAGUUGUUGCGCCACUAAGAACGAGCGACAUUUAUUGCGCCGGAAGUGCCGAGCACGUGCGACCGACUGUCACGCCGGACUGUCGGGCGUGGGAACGUCGGCAGGACGUUCUCCUCGACUUGGAUCGAGGUCUUCUUCGGCAGACAGAAGGUAAUAAUCAGGUGCAUCCCGCGACUGGAUCGCAGCGCGACGACACUGACGAAACGCGGGAAUUUCUCGAGAAGAGAUCUCGUGAGGCCGGGAAAAUACGGAGCGCUUCGAAGCUGAAACUGAUCGUGCGCAAGGUGCACCUGGAGAAUUGCGGCUGUUCGACGCUCUCCGGACUUGUCGUCACUCGCUUGCUUCUACCUUGCAAGCCUGGCGACCUGAUCGGUCGAAUUUUCGAGGCCGACCCGUCCCUGACCGAGUCCUGCUUGAUAGUGAUGAGACGAAAGUUCCAAGUCAGCGUGAGCAACCUCUGCUCGUGUCUCAACGACGUUUUGGGCAAAUUGAACGCUGAGGCGUCGCGUCUCACCAUUAGGAUGCUGCAUCUCAGCUGCGAGAUACGCCCGGGAUAUAUCAGCUUCAAGUUGAAAAGUGACGCCGGCAGCCGUAAGUGCCUCUUCGUGGCGAGGAUACCGAUAUGUCAAAACGUUCACAAACGCACGGCUCCACUUGAUGUGACUGCUUCAUUCUCCAGCGCAAAACUUAGGGACGAAACUGGAGGAUCAGAAUAUUCAGGACAACAUAAAGGUGUCGACAUGGAUUUCAAUGAUACAUGUGUUGAACAUGAGAGGGUAGGCGACACUUGCUGUUCACAGUUGGACCAUAAUUUAGCAGAAGAUAUGAUAGCAGACAGAUCGCAAGACAGGGUGAAAAAUAUAGAAGGAACUUCGCCUCUGUGCUCGAUUAAUGAGAACAGUCCAAAGCGUGAUUAUGAAUUUAGAAUUUGUCCUCAUAACAAAUCCUCCGAGAAAAUUGUUGAGACAAUGUCUGACGUGAUGUCACGUACUGAUCCCGAGAAAGGAAACAAGGAGCAUUGUGAAACUGCGGAUUCAAAUGAUUGUGACAGGAACAUGAGAGAAAAUAGGAAGGAAAUUUUUGGAACAGACAAUUGUACUGUGAGGAACGACGAACCUACACGAUUAGCAAACGAUACUAAUUGCACGUGUCUGCCGUACGGAAAUCCCGCAGAAACGAAGGUUGAAAACAUUGUCAGCGACAGAGACAUGGAUGGUUCGUCGCAGAGUGCGGAUCUCGACUGGACGAGUUCGUCAAAUAAGGAGAUGGAUUCGGAGAGCACAGUUUGUAGUCGCGCUAACACGAGCAGUAUCACGUCGUUCGUGCAAGAUCCCGAACGUGACAAGCAAUUGGUGGAACUGAAUUGCAAUCGUUUUUUAAACAAUAACGUCGCAAAGAUCGACGAACGGCCGAGUACAGUGGACGUGGAUUUGCUGGAUUCAUCGAGAGCGGAGGUCGGAUGCGAGUCUAAUUGUUCCUGCCGCUACGACGACUUCAUAAACAUCACCGUGAUCGGUGACGUGUCCGAAGGAAAUGUUCGUCUUGCGACUUACCGAGAUCAGUCGGAGGCAACGAAGCCUCGAGACGCGAUCGGAACGACGAAGAUCUCGUCGGGCAACUCAAAGGGCAACAACACGAUUUCCGUGCAGACGCCUCGACUGCAGGUGUCGUCGAAGGGUAUCAGUGUGGACAUUAGUUUCCCACACACUGCAGCUCGGUUGGCUUCCGACAGGAGUAUAUCGAGCGACAAGUGCAACGGAGCGACGGACUUACCCGCUCAGUCCUUAGCAGUUCCGCAGAAAGAAGACGUCAUUUCUCACAACGGGAGUGAAGAAGUUCUCAACAUGGUCGGCAGAACUCGCGGCUUUAUUAGACCGCCGAGUAGACGCACCGUGUCGAAGCGGAAGCUUCGAUCGAACGCAGACCCGAGACAGCUCGGCGUCUGGACGGAGGAAGAUCCUCGCGAUCACUCGACCAGCUUGGCUUCCAACACGUCGCCCACCUGCCGUUCGUUCGUGACGGAUGAAACGAGGAGGGACAGAUUCCAGAAUUCUCGCGGAUUGAGGAAGCUUCGUCUUCGUUACGUGCGCGCGGCCUCGUCGAGUGGUGUUCGCAGCGUGACUUCCGUCACGACGAUUAAGUACCGAACGACGUCUCGCAAGAGGCAGAAUGGCUAUUCUGCCGAUGCGCGACAAGAGGUGGCAUUCGCGACAAGUCGCUUCCGCAGAUCCGUCGACAAGUCUGUCCGCUGGAUGAAGCGUCUGGUUCGCACCAAGCUGGCAUUUUUCAAUCAUAAACGAGCCAAGACGGCGAGUACGUCGAGAACCUUCUGGGAGAGCGACGAGUGCGCCGGAGAUGUCGAGAGACGGACAGCUGGAACAUACAUCGGACAGGGUUGCUGCGUGACUUCGUGCUCGAAUCCUGAUUGUCGCGGACGAGGCUGUACGAUAUCGCACGUCGAGUCCUUGGACGUGACGCCGCCGUGCCGCAGAAAUUGGGGAGAAGAAAAGAGCGAGGGUGGAAUGAAGCUGCGCGACCGCAGAUUGGCCGGCGGCAGCGAGGUCCUGUCGAGCUUCCGCUCGAUCGUUUCCCCGUGGUCUUAUGAUUUGUUGACUUCGGCACCCGAGGAUUUCGAGGCACGGGAGUUGGUUGGCGGCAGUCGACGGCGUCUCGGGAAAGACGAGACCGAAAGCGAACGGGACUUCGCAAAUCGCAAGAAGAACUCCCGUGGCCGCGAUUACGGGAAUUACGAGGAAAGUAUAACGAUUUCCCUGCGAUCGGCCGCGAUGUCUCUCGCCAACGGUGAUUCUGCGGAACAUCUUGAGCGUAGCAGACGCGAGCAGCGGAAGAAACCCCGUGACGGCAAGCCACGUGGUCGAGAUCGGCGGGCAAGUGAAGAGACACAGGCUGGACGACGUGGCGACCACUGGAGGAGAAAGCCGCGCGAGAUUAGAAAGGCUAAUGAUGAAUUUUCAGAACUGUCGUUCGCGAGAAUAGAAGGAGCUAAAGCUCGCAAACGAUCGCAUGGCGUAUCGAGAUCGAGGAAUGCGAAGAGACCAUCGUCUUUAGGGGAAACUCGGGAGACAACCCGGACGGGUGCGACGAUAGAUCGUUUACGCAGGAGACGCGUGUUCGCGCUUUUGGCCGACACGUGCCACGAUUGCGCGCGCGAUCUCGACCUGGAGUUCGAGUCCGCGCUGUCGCGAUACGUGGACCUCUGCAGAAAUGUCAAACGUUCAUUGAUGAGGACGCUGUGUCCGAAUGAUGUUUACGGGAUUAGCGCGCCAUUUAGAAGGGGAACCGGUUACGAGGAGUUCGAAGGGCCGCGCGAGGGUAGCAAGGACAACAAGGGGUUCGAGGAUGAGAGAGGAUACAGCAGGCAGGCCUCGUUCGACUCGCUCCCGGAGCCGGAGAGGCCACCUUUGCGGCACAUCGAUACUUAUUGCAAGCCGGAGUGCCCGUGCCUCUCGAAGAGGUACACCAUCGCGACUCUGGCCUGUGUAGGCUUCGUCAUUUCGUUCGGCAUGAGGUGCAACAUGGGCAUGGCCAAGCUGGUGAUGAAGAACACCACGAAAGAAGACGAUAACAGCAGCAUCAAGUUCAACUGGACGGUCGGCACGGAGAGCGCCCUCGACUCGUCGUUCUUCUGGGGCUAUCUGGUCACACAAGUGCCCGGCGGUUUCUUGGCGUCUCUGUACCCCGCCAACAGGAUAUUCGGCGCGGCCAUCGCGAUAUCUUCCUUCCUGAAUCUCCUGGUGCCGGGCGCGCUGAAUGUCGACCCCAUUGUCGACAUGUGCGUGCAAGUGCUGAAGGGUCUGGUCGAGGGCGUUACGUAUCCGGCGUGUCACGGUAUCUGGAAGUAUUGGGCGCCGCCUUUCGAAAGAUCGCGCCUGGCCACGCUGGCAUUUUGCGGAUCGUAUGCCGCGAUGGUGAUAGGAAUGCCGCUCUCGGGUUACCUGAGCGCCUGGUUCGGCUGGACCGCGUCGUUCUACUUUUACGGCGUGUGCGGCUUGAUCUGGUACUGCUUCUGGCUGUGGCUGGCGUUCGAGAAACCGGCGAAGCAUCCCAGCAUCUCGGCCCGCGAGCUACGCUACAUCGAGGACUCGCUCGGGCAAGGCCAGGCGCAAAUGCCCGUACCUACGCUGACGACGACCCCCUGGCGGAAAUUUCUCACCUCUAUGCCCGUAUACGCCAUCAUCGUCGCUAACUUCUGCAGGUCCUGGAACUUCUACUUGCUGGUGCUCUUUCAGCCGCGUUUCAUGCACGAGUCUUUCGACAUGCCCCUCGUCGAGACCGGGGUCAUCGGCUCGCUGCCACAUCUGCUGAUGACGAUGAUCGUGCCGUGCGGUGGCUUGCUGGCGGACUAUCUUCGUAAACACGGUAUCAUGUCGACGACGAAUGUCAGGAAGGUCUUCAACUGCGGCGGCUUCGGCAUGGAGGCGCUCUUCUUCUUGGUGGUGGCUCACGCGACCACAUUCAGGAGCGGCACCGCGGCCACGAUCGCUCUCGCGAUCGGCGUCGCGUGCAGCGGUUUCGCCAUCUCCGGCUUUAACGUCAAUCACCUGGACAUCGCGCCUAGAUACGCGAGUAUCCUGAUGGGUAUGUCCAACGGGAUCGGCACUAUCGCCGGCCUGCUGGUUCCUUUCUUCGUGGACGCAAUCACGGCGAAGAAGGACGCUCAGAGCUGGCGGAAUGUUUUCAUCAUAGCCGCGUGCGUGCACAUCUUCGGGGUGACAUUCUACGCGAUCUUCUGCUCCGGCGAGUUGCAACCCUGGGCUGACCCCACUUUGGAGGAGCAGAAGGCCUGGAAUCCAAUGGACGAAUUCAGCCAGGCGAAACCACCUGUUCCCCCGCCACCGAAGACUAUGCAAUCUGAGUUCAUAAAACAGCCGUCUCUCGAAGGAGCCGCCAAUGACAAUUGGAACACUUACGAGCAGCCAGCGCCGCCCGAGAACCACCUGUACGCGCGUCAGGAUAAAGCCCCCGUGAUAAGCUACGGCUCGACGGAGAGCAGCAGUCAAGUCAACAAUCCGUUCCACUCGACGAAUCCGUUUGCCAGCGACGUCAACGCUACCCUGGUGCAGCCGCCAGCAACGGACGACUACACGCACGACGUCAUGCACAAUCAGCAGUGGAAUUGAAAAUGGUUCAUCUCCGGAUAGAUCCAUCAGAUCCGCGGAGGGCAGGCAGGUAUACUGCCCUUCAGAGAUUGUAGGUCGUUCGUAUCAUUAGCUACCAACCCAGAUCAUCAGUUCCUCAGAUAUGCCACGUCUUCAUUAAUGAAGCUCUUGUAAUUGCAGGCCGCAAAGUUCAAGUUUUACAGUAGUGGAAGUGGCUUUAUUUCCCUUGAGAGGAGGAGGAGGGGAGAGAGAGAGAGAGAGAGAGAGAGGUCUUGGAGAAGGUUUUACUUUCGUUAUUGAAGAAAAUGGGGAAAAAUUUAAGCCCGAUUUGGAAAGUUGCGUUAUCGCCUUAUCUUCUGUUUGGUCAGCCGGCAAAGAGUCGAAAUAAUAAGUUUCAUCAAAUAGACGAAACUUCUAAAAAAAAAAAGAUGCGUGAGGUGAUUUAAGGUGACUCCAACAUAUUGGAGUCUCUUGAUGCUAGCCGAAUUGCUUAACGUGUCUGACUGUGGCAUAUCUGAGGUCCACGUAAAAGUAUAAAUGAGAUUUCGAGUAUAAUCUAGCACGAUUCGGGAUUCAGCGAAUCGUCGCGGUUGCAAGCAAACGUUUGUGCGCAUCUCUGAAUUUCACGUUGAGGAUUCUCGGCGAAUAUUCGUAAUCGGGGAAAGGGGGAAGGGGGGGAGAAGAUACGAUAUUUUCGUUGCGCGUAAUACCUAAGAGUGCAGAGAAUGGCGCUGUGAAUGACCAUGCGAGCGACUCGGUAACGAGACUAGAGGGAUCAUCUCGCGGCGUCGUGAAAUCAAAGCGAGAUCCGUCGAUCGUAAUAUUUUUUACAACGGUUUUGUGAUAAGAAAUGGCCGGGCUGCACGUGGCCCGCCACUCGAAGAACGACAAUAAGUCCACAGUCUUCAGUCGUGCCUAAACACAUGUCUAAGGACCGUUUCUUUUUCUCUCUUAUGCACUUCAAUUGUUCAUUCGUCGAGUUCCGCUCUCUCGCGGCGGAUUCUCAUCUCUGAAAGUAAAUGCGAAAGUAAAGCGGCGAAAUGAGCCUUACAAUUAGCCGCGACGAUAUUUAAUAUUUUGCGAAAGUUUCGAGACUGAAGUAUACACCGCGUCAAGUCACAGCUUCGUUCGUUGUGCCGAUUAAAAUACUCUGUAGGCGGGCAAAUUUCGCGGGGAGGAUGUUUCCUCGAGUUAAGGGAAGAUUAGAUCGCAUCGAUAGCCCAAGGAAUUCCUUAGCUUUCGGUAUCCUUUAUUAGAAUGCACGACAUCCGCGUGUGCAAUAUUCGCGAACGUCCUUCCUCCCUGCAAAAGGGGGAUCAAUCAAUCAAUUAGAAUGCUGCGCGUCGCGGCGAGCAGAUCGAGGUCCCAAAAGCGACAAUAACGUUCAAACCUUCGCAGACAAUAAUUCUAGGCGGACAAUAAUUGAACGGCGAGGUUUGAGAGAAAUAGCAAUCGCGAGACCUUUCUCGGUGCGCGCGACAUAGCUCAAUCGCUGAAACUUUUAGGUAUUCCCGGUUUUUCUCGGUGACUCGGUCGUUUAUUUACACGAGGUAAUAGAAACAUAGCAAUAAAAAGGGGAGAGGGAGACAGGGGGUCGAAGAGAGUCACGCGAAUCGACAUCAAACGUUCAUCGAAAUUAAAGUUAUACACGCAGAGACGCGCGACGUCUUGAUGCACACUUCGAUAUAGUACAAUUAAAUUCGCAAUAACGACGAUAUAUAUUGUCGAUUUAUGCACGGCACAGAUACCCAAGGGAGGUAACUUUGAACUGUAUAAAUUCGGUAGCUGUACGUCUUGUGCGAGAACCAGUAUUUUGGAAUAAUCUUGGACCUUCCGAAACGAAAUAUGAUAUUUUAUAAAAGAUGAAAAAACAUUUAUUUUUCAUUACGUUACGCAUUGUCCCGUUGAGCGGCGAGUCAACGACGAUAUCAAUGAAAAUCCAAAAAUUAUCAAAUUAAUCGUCACGAGAAAAUUGAUCAAUCGUCACGAGACACUCGAACGUCGGCGAUACUCGCAAGGUAUCUGUGUCGUGCAGAUAUCACGCUGCUCUAGUGAGUAUGAAAAGACGCAGGGGCGAGCAGAAAGAAGGUAGGAAAACGCGAUUAUCAAUUGAUUCUUCGUUAAUCUUUAUCGCGAGGAGCAACGCGCGAAUCGCUCGGAAGAUCGCAAAGCGAGACGAGACUCGCGCUCGCGAGUACAAAAAAAAAAAAAAGAAAAGAAUCAGAUCCCAAACAGAGAAAUCUUCGCGCGGGAGUUCUCUCGAUUCGCGAAAACGAAAAUUCAGACCACACGCGCGUUGUGCGACUUAAAAGUAUGAAACCUAUGAAAGUAUUUGUGAGAAAGUCGUAAACUGAAUGAAAGUCCUCACGAAAGUACUAUCAUAAUAAGCUAUUAGAUAGAUAUAAGCCGUGAAAAUUAAAUAUAUAAAGAUGAAAGUAAGAUCAAAGAAUUAGGCAGCGAGACAAGAGGAAGCAGUAUAUUAUAUUAUUGUCUAGAUGUAUUUCAUAUACAUACGUAUAUAUAUAUUAUUGUGCAUACAUACACGAUCUCUAUGCAAGACACAUACACAUAUACACAGACGUGUACUCAUUCUGUACUAGAUACAUAUAAAUAUAUAUGUAUGCUAUUCGCGAUCGCGCAUAUGCAUGCGCGAUUGAAGGCGCAAACAGGAUGUAUACAAGGAAACGAAGUUGAAGAAGCGUGCUGUGCAAUGUGCCGGUUUUCGGAGACGAAUGAGGCGACAAUGAGAAUCGGGCACUCGAGCCGACGAGUUUUGACUAGUUUCGAUCUUCUAUACCGAAAAUAGCAUGCCUGAAGAUAUCCGAGUUGAAAUUUUGAUUCUACUUUCGAACUCAAUAUUUCACCUGUCGCGUAUUUUGACACUCUGCAAGCUGUAUCAACUUCUUUUAAUUCCGUCUAACCCAUCAGCCUUGCCGGCAAGUCCUCUUUAGAAUUUACAAGUUGAAUUUUGUGCGUUUUCUUUAAAGAAUUCUACCUUCUAUGUAUAUUAUGCAUACAUUGGUCCUUUAGAGUAUACAGAUGUUGGAAAGUUCAGGUUGAAAAUAGGGUUAAAAUUUCGACUCGGGUAGAUACACCGGCCUUUACAUUGAACUCUUUUUUUGAUCGACCAAAGUGCCUCUAAAUGUGACUUGUAGACCUUUUCAUCGACUCUCAGUCACAUUUAGAGGCGCUUUUAUCGAUGAAAUGGAGUUUAUCGAUAUCAACAAGAGUCAUUGGAUAACUUCAGAGUUUAGAAUAAAAACCGUCGAAUAUUUUUCUAAUGAAAGUAACAAUCGAGAGAGGGAGUUCCUACGAAUUUCAUCCCGGAGACGCGAGAGCAAAGCACAGGAUUUUAUUUGUCUUAUAAAACGAUGUUUUUGAACGAAUAUUAUCUCGACAGAACCGACUGGUUUAAUUACCAAGAUAUUUUACGUUAAAGCACUAAAAGGAUCCACAGAAAAGAAACGAUAUAUAUAUAUAUAUAUAUAUAUAUCGUGUGCAAGUGAAUUUCGAUGGAGGAGAGUUUUUGGAGAUCAUCCUCGCGCGUUUCUGCGGUAUCAAAGAUCGAAAACCACGUGGAAAUUAUUCGGCACGACUGCCCGAUGAGAAUUCCAAAACAAUAUGCGUAUACACAUAUAAUACAAAUGAAAUACACACACGGUGUAUCAAAGCUAACGGCGACGUCGUAGCCCUGGCGAAAAUGAGAGGCAAGAAAGAGUAUCAAAUGUCUAAUAACGUUUUUCCUCUGUUUGCCCUGAAGAGAUCCGAAACUCUCUCUUGUGCAAAAAAGAGUUCAGAGGUAAAGCGUUAUUAGACACCAUUUUCACCGGGGAGCGCAAUCCUGUGCGUAAACUCACGAGUCGAGCAGCCGGGACUUUCCGUUAGCUGAGGAUCCAUGAAAUUAGUCAAUUUAUGCGAGUCUUUUCAACGCGAUGCACACACCGAUAUGCACGCGAAGCCGCGUGAAGUGUGCGCAAAGUAUCGGCAAAGUGUCGCGUCUCGCGUUCGAUAAGUAAGAUUAUAGUACAUGUCGUGCGUUAUGCGUUAUUAUAUAUUGUAUACAUACACAUACGUUACUAUAUACACACCGGCGUGAUGUGUCGUGACUGUGAUUAAACACGCUCACGACGGCGACGUGUGUGUAUGACUGAUCGUUGCAGCGGGGAACGCGUCUCGACUCGAGUGGCGCGGUUCGUUCGUUACGAGAGGGACGUGAAGGGGGCGCGCAAGAGGCGCGCGCGCUUCAAGGCAUUAAUCUUCCCCGGGCGCUUCAUCGUUAAGACAAUAAUACUUUUCCAAAGCCUGAUGCACGUGUUACGAUUCAGCAACAAAAUAGAGUCUAAUUGUUCGUUUGUUCGUUUGAGCUGUGUGCGUGUUUUAUUGCAACGAUACUCGCGCGUACGGAGUGUUUGGUCGCGUCCGGUGAACAGAUCUCGAAAAGUUUCGCCACGAGAAUCGAUCGAUUUCUCUAGGCAACAUAGUUGGUGACAGAAAAGGAAUUGUAGUAAAAAUGAAGUGUCAAUUAAUUUACGGAAUAUGAGCUGAUUAGUGGGACAGUUUUUUGGCGAAUUGUACUUCAGAGUUGCAAGUGGGAGAGACCGAAGCUAGAUGCCCCGUAUAUAUCAAAAUUUCGAAGUUAUAAUUCUUCAGAUUCCUAAUUGUUAUGACAGAUUAACAAAGUACAAACGUAAUAGAGGCUGCUUUCCUUUAUAUGUCAAUGCCCGCCACGCAUAUGCCCUAUUAAUCGCAUAUUUUGUUUUGUAAUAACCAAAAUACAAACUUGUAGCAACGUGGCCAUCUUUUCUUAGUACUAAAAUAUGUAUUCUGAUUGGUAGUUCCGGAGUCUCCGCGAGAGAUAUCAUAAUCUUCCUGUUGACCUUCAAUUAUGGAUCAACUUUACCUUGCCUAUGUACUCGAUUUCAACCAUUUUGCAAAUGAAAAUUGCUUUUACGGAACGACAUAUCGUACAUAAGAAACUUUACUCCAGCUAACAACACGUCGCUUGACUUUAUUUACUCAUAAUGGGGAAAAUAUUAAUAAAAAAUUCCGAGAGGCUCACUUUGUUUCGAAAUCAGUUUUUUCUGUUUCUCAACUAUAACAUUAUUCCAAUUUUGGUGGAUCUCAGGGAGUACUAUCUAUGUUCUGAAAGGAUCAUUUCGCGAUUUCGUAUCCACUGUUUCUCUUGAGAUAGGUACUGAGAAAAACACAUAAGCAAUAUACUCUUGAGGCCAUCUAGAAGCGCGGUCUCUCCUACAAUAAACUUGAAUUCAAGCAGAUCUCUUUUGACUCAGCAGGAUGCUCAAUCGAUUUGCAAGUUACAAAACGUUCUCGAUUAAAUUUUUUAUUAGAAGGACAAUCUGACAGAGCAAGUCGUAAUCUCGCAAAUUUCGUUGGAAAAAUUUUCAAUGGGAAGAGAGAAAAGGGGAGAAACAUCGCUGCGUACUCCUGUUACCAAACACUCCGUACACGCAACGAUAACAAAUUUCACUCUUCGUGACAUCAGUGACAAUGCAGGGUGGAUAAUGACGGGUCGCGCUUAGAACGCUCGCAUUAAUGACGACACGAAACGACAAUGAUGCCGCAACGGCGGCGGGCAUUUUUUUCGCGCGGUGCAUCGACCGCGCCAAGCUUUAAAAAAGGCGCACACGAUGAUAGAAAGUCGGAAACACUUGCGACACACACAAAAUUAAUGACAUGCGUGCGAUAACUGUCAUUUAACCGUUGCGCCGUCCGCGUCAGCGUUGCGUCCAGGGAGAAAUGAUUCGUUGUCGCGGAUUAACGUUGGGAAAGGAGUACCUGAAACUCGGUCGGGGAGGUGAUAAUUUGCCUGAAAACGUAACGUGAAACACACAACAGCGAAAUACUUUCCCUCGGCGUGCGUGGUCGGAAGCGAAUCAAUUAUCAUGUCGGCAGUCGCGGUGAAAUAUAAAUACAAGAUGCAGGAGGCGGGAGAGACGAGUGCAGGGACCGACCUGACGAAUCGAUUCUAGACUUGUAAAAAUAUCCUGUUCGGCGGAACAUUUCGCUCGUUGCAACCAACUUGGCAGAAUCAUUUGAUCCUCUAGACACUCGUAUUCUAAGCAAUUGCUUCUUUCUUUCAUUAUGUGUCACGAUAAUAUCGCCCUUUAUCUUUCGUGCGCUUCGCGUGUCUUGUCUUUAAAUUUCACUCGACCUCAGUUCUAAUCGCGACUCGUCCUUCAUGCGGGAUUAAGAGAGUGUUACGUUUUAAGGGUAUCUAUAUAUUAUAUAUUCAUCAUUGUAUCGAAGUAGUGACUGGCCUAACGUUAUCCACGACUUCAUUCACCAUACCAGGAAGGCGGUUUCUAUGUGGACUUGAGAUAUCGAUAGAUAAUAAUUAUUACGAGAAAUCUAGGAUAAGUUCUAAUGCUGUUCGAACAAUAAUACUGAUACUGAUAUAUAUACAUAUAUAUAUAUUUACAUAUACAUAUAUACAUAUACAUAUAAUAUAUGUAUAGCUCCAAUAAUAAUUUACGACAAUAAAUAGACGGGACACGGGGUGGGCCGAUACAGCCUGUAGAUGCAACCGCAAUUUGCUCGAUGAAUUCGCGAGAAUGUCACAGAAAGAAGACGCACUUUUGCGAUAACGAUCAUUACCGAUCGCGAGAUUUGUCGUUGGCGUUAGACUCGAUUAGCAUAGCUUUAUUUUCGGCACACCCUGUAGCGCUUCGCAGCGACAAUUAGCUUCAUACAGCAGACUCCAUUUGCGCCAUUCCCUGAGCAUUGCGACACCGGGAAUUUCCAAUCGUAUGCAGGCGCAUCAUGUCUGAAUAUUCAUAUAUUAUUGAUUGUUUAAUCGGUAAGUCAGCAACGAUGCUCUAAACCUGCCGGUUUGUCUGUUUGAAAAAAAUUUCGAUUAACGUAAAGUUUAACCUUAAAUCAACUAAUCUCUCGAUCUGCAAGGAAACUUUUAGAAACAUAAUAUUUAAAGGAAAUGCGUAAAUUUAUUUUUUCAAAGGAUUUAUUUGUGUAAAUUUAUUUUUCCAAAAGUUCUAUUGUGCAAAUUUAUUUUUUUCAAGAAAUAUCUUCCAAAGGAUUGAGCGAAAAUUAAGUCGGAAUUUAGAUACCUAUGUCUUCGUUUUAGAGGGUUUUAUUUUAUAUUAAUCUAUUAUUUAUCUUUUUACAUUGCUUACUUAAAUGUGCUUUUAUUACGGUUUUUGGAUUGAGAGAUUACCCAAGUGUUUUAUAUUAACCUGUUAUUUAUCUCUUUACAUUGCUUACUUAAAUGUGCUUUUAUUACGGUUUUUGGACUGAGAGAUUACCCAUAAGUGUUAUUUCUUCUUGUUAGAGAUGACUAGUGGACACUCGGAGUGAUCGUAUCGAUGCCACGCGCAUCAUUCGCGCUAUACUAGCUGAACGUAAAGCUGUCAAACCGACAGGUAUUGACAGAUAAGCUGUCUUGGAGCAUCGUCACCGAACAAUUAACAAUCAUGAUGCGCGAAUAUUCAGACAUGAUGCGUCUGAUUGCAAAUUUCCACGUCAAUGCACAGGGAGCGCAGAAAUGGAGUCUGUUGUACACGUAGUCGAGAUCACAGAGUUCUCUAUUUGCUUCUCGCAAGUUUUACUAGCGGUAUGCGAGCGAAAGAACAUUUUACUGAAAGAGCGUCCUUUUAUUUUUGCUGGUGUGAAAGAGAGAUAUGAAAGUUCGUGCUUGCCGUUAGAGGAGGACUUGUUCGUGUGUGUUUCGCGUGAGAUUGAAACGAGAUGGAAGGGACGCAAAAAUAUGAUGAGUGUAUUCACGUUUUCUUGUUAGAAAACUCAUAUAUUUUUGUGAAGAGUUUGCAUGCGGACAUUUUAUUGUUCCACGAACGACAAACGCGAGAAACGGGGAAGGGCAGACUCAGAUGUACUCCACACAACACAACAUUUAAAAUCGGGACAUAAGACGUCUGAAAGAUGUCUUAAAGACGUCUUAUGUCCCGAUUUUGGACGUUGUGUUGUGUGGGACAUAUCCUUACGGGAACUGUAAACAAAACCUACAUGAAUGAUACAAUAAUUCGUGGAAUGAGUAAAAUAAUGCAUAUUUUGAGUUAUGGACCCUAACAGCACAAACAUCCAAAGGACAUGCAGAGUAUGUCCUGAGGGUGUCUUGGGGACGUUUCUACGUCUUCAGGACAUUCCUGGGACGUCCCCAGAACACCUUGUGUUGUUUUGGGAAAUACAGAUACCGUAAAUUCGAUAUCAUAUCUUUCUCCAAUCCAGAAUGGCGGAAAAAAAAAAAGAAUCGUAUACACAAUUAAACGGGAUUUGUUUUGAUGACUGGAUUUUCCUUUGGCAAUAUUUAACAUACACAAUUUGUCACGAGCUACAUAGCAUAGGAAAACAAUGCGCUUAUCAUCAUAAAUUCGUGCUUAAACAUUCUCGCAUAAAUACAAUUUACAAGAGGACUUACCAUUACAUCAAUUCAGUUGCGCCUUUGUGAUUCUAAUAGUCACGAUGAAAGUGCAUUAUACUUACCAUUCUGGAAGAGAACACAAAAGCACUUAACGGUUUACGGUAUGGAACCACUUCUACUUAUAUAUUUAUAUAUACAUAUAUACAUACAAUACACGCACAGUAUGUUCGUACAUGUAUGUAUAUAUCAUACGCAAUAUGUACAAUGCUAUAUACAUACAAGCAUUCAUAGAUCGUCGCUCUAUUUGUAUAUCCUCACAGACGUGUAAUUAAACGAUAGUAAUUUGCGCAUCUCGAUUAAACAUGUUUACGAAAGUGUAUCAAUUAUUACUAUACUGACAAUAACGAUAAAAGUUCGUGAAAUAAUGAAAGUAAUAUGUUGUAAAGACAAUAAGUAGGCAGAGAAAAGUUUCAGAGAUAUAUAUAUAUAUAUAUAUAUAUAUAUAUAUAUAUAUAUAUAUAUACAUAUUAUAUUAUAAUAUAUUGUAAACCACUUGUGAAACUCUUGAAAAAUUUGCGCGCGUUACGUUCGCAAGAAAGUUACACCCUCAACAACAUAAUGUACAUUUCCCCGCUUGAGUUUGAUUUGAAAGGUGCAAUUGGGAGAUUUUAUUCCACACACAUUGUUAGAAGUGCACAUUUUGUUGAUGCGCCCCGUCGGCGGGGAGAACACUGCAAGAAUUUCAUGCCGCGAAUACAAAUUGCACUUAAUCAAUAAGUGUUACAUACGACUAAGCUUUCGAUAGCUCGAUGUCACGAGUGUCAAGACUAGCGAACUUCCUCAUUGUUACCACUUCCGUUUUGUGGGAUUUAGUACUCGUAGUUACCUCCGGAAUAUGCUCCUCACGAGUGGAGAUCCGAGGAGGCUUGUUUUGCGUUACGCGGAAUGUCUCGUCGUUUAGUGACACUGCAAUUACCGACUACUGUAAUCGCAAAAUUGAAUCACGAUUGCACGAGCGUUCUGUACAACCGACGUGCUGUUCGACAGUUGCGUUUCCCUCGGCCGUUUGCGUUUUACGAUCCCAACGACGAGACUUUAUCUUUGCGAUGCGUUUGAUCCACGAGCGCGAGAAGCACUUAUUUCCGCGUUGUGCGUUGUACGUUGUUUUCCAUGGUAUGUCUCGCUGGUUGAGAAAUACUGCGUUAAAGCUUAGCAGACAAUAAUACGAUGUUAGCUAUGUAUACAUAUAUUAUAUAUAUACAUAUAUAUAUGUACACAUUUGUUAAGAAUAUUAACGUGACUAGGAUUACGCGUGAAUCAAAGGAAUCUGUUCUUCCGCGCUGUGCAAAUAAUUAGUGGCGUUAAUGAUGGCGCGCGCGUACACAUACACACGAUCGUGAUUCACACGUCUUCAUGUUCAGAGACCUCUCUCCGACAUAUAGGGUCGCCCCCUAAUGAGCAUUCAUUGAAGUCAACCGGUCUAUCGUCGAUCCUCUUCCAAUUCUGCCUGGGCUCUGUCCCGAAAGAGUCUGCUAAGUCCUAAUUGGCUUCAAUUAAUGCCUGCCGCGAUGGCACACACAGUAGACAGCAUCGUAAAGUUGGAUGUUUAGUGAUAAUGUCUCAUUCCCCGUUCUCAUUGUGGAACGCGAAAUUAAUUGGCUGACGAAUAGAGAUCACCAUCGAGAGACGAGCAUCCAUCGUUUGCGCGAUUCUACUCUGUACAUUGUCACGAAAACUCACUCUUUACGAGAACAAUUAACACACACACACACACACUUCGAGCGUUUUCUAACGAUCUUCGAAGCGAGAUGUACACGCGUCUGUACACGGUGCGAAACUCGAGACUAUAUAUAUACAUAUAUAUAUAUAUUUUGAUCGUUUAUAUUAUAGUAGGCCUGUGCUCUAUAUACGUGUAGUCGCAUAUUAGAGAUUAUUGUUACACGCAACGCGGUGCAAUCUGGUUUGUUACUGAAUUAUGACAUACAAUAAUUAUUAUGUAAAAUAUGUAUAUGUAUACUGUAAUUUUCAGUGUAUUAUGUAAUUAAAACACAAGAAAGAGAGAGAGUGAGAGAGAGAGAGAGAGAGAGGUAGAUAGAUAGAUAGAGAGGAAGAGAGGCAGGAAAGGAGAAAAAGAGAUAGAGAUAUCGGCAAGAUAUUGACAAUAAAUCGUAAGCCGAUCUUUUUCAAGACUCGUUCCUCCUCUGGAUCUUCGAUUAACAAGCUCGCGCUUGCGGAGAGAAGCACGGGCGUAAUAAUAAAUGCAACGAUCAUGGUAAGAAGA